AUGGCCAUGGCCCAGGCGGGGGCCGCGGCCGCGGCUGCCACGGGGCUCCUCGUCUUCCUGCUGUACUCCGCCAUCCACAGGGUCGAGGAGGGACACCUGGCCGUGUACUACAGGGGCGGCGCGUUGCUGACCAGCCCGAGUGGCCCUGGCUACCAUAUCAUGCUCCCUUUCAUCACCACCUUCAAAUCCGUGCAGACCACGCUGCAGACUGAUGAAGUGAAGAAUGUGCCUUGUGGGACAAGUGGUGGUGUUAUGAUCUACAUUGACCGAAUAGAAGUUGUGAAUAAGCUGGCCCCAUAUGCAGUGUAUGACAUCGUGAGGAAUUACACGGCAGACUACGACAAGACCUUGAUCUUCAACAAAAUCCACCACGAGCUGAAUCAGUUCUGCAGCGCCCAUACCCUGCAGGAGGUGUACAUCGAGCUCUUUGAUCAGAUAGAUGAGAACUUGAAACUGGCCCUGCAGAAAGACCUCAAUGUCAUGGCACCAGGUCUCACUAUCCAGGCUGUGCGUGUUACAAAACCCAAAAUUCCAGAGGCCAUCCGAAGAAACUUUGAGCUAAUGGAGGCUGAGAAGACCAAGCUGCUGAUUGCAGCCCAGAGGCAGAAGGUGGUGGAGAAGGAGGCAGAGACAGACCGGAAGAAAGCACUCAUUGAGGCAGAGAAGGCUGCACAGGUGGCCAGGAUUCACUACCAACAGAAGAUCAUGGAGAAGGAAACAGAGAAGCGGAUUUCUGAGAUUGAAGAUGCUGCAUUCCUGGCAAGGGAGAAGGCAAAAGCUGAUGCAGAGUACUACACUGCUCGGAAGCUGGCUGACUCCAACAAGCUGAAGCUGACCCCUGAGUAUCUGGAGCUGAUGAAGUACCAGGCGAUAGCUGCCAACAGCAAGCUGUACUUUGGUGACCGCAUCCCCGGCGUGUUCCUGGAUUCCUGUGCCUUCCAGCAGGCCAACCUGAGGACUGCCCACGAAACCAGCCUUCCUGCACAGGAAUCCCCAGAGACCUCUGCAGAAAGCCCCCUGAGAGGGGAGGAGAGCACUGGCUGAGGGAGGCAGAAGGGAACCCGGUGUAGGUCAGCAGCGAGCCCGGCUGUGACCGGGGACGAGGCCCUGUGCUGGUGGGGCGGAUGCAGCACAUGCCUGGCUGGACAUCUUGUGUAUAGGUGGCAUUUGGGUUGAUUUUCUUCUAGCAACAGAUUGCAAGGGCUCUGCCUCUUCCGUUUCUCCCCCUGUUAAAUUGGUGCUUCCAAUGGAGGGAUAAUCCUGUACUAACAUACCUAUACUGGAAUAUUAAACGACAGACAGCAGGAAAGCCUCCCAGGGUAGGUGCAGUAAUUUAGCAGGCAUUACUCUGCAGGAAGGAGAUGUGGCUUUGAGUGCUGUGUUGCUGCACACUGGUCAUUGCUCAGCACUCCUGGCUGAGGCUGGCUGAAGAGGAGGUUCCCCUCGUCCUGCUGCUGAAGCUCUGCUUGGUGAAGGUUUCUGCUGACGCUGUCUCGCUCUCCUCAAGGACUCCAGUGGAGUGGACUCUCCUUGGCCAGCGUGUUCCUGCUCAGGGUGAGGAGUGGUUUGCUGUGGAAUAUGUUAUUGGAGUAGGAUCUGCACAGCCAUAAUAUUCCUGUAGACAGCAGCACUAGGUAACGACUUGGAGGAAGCAACCUCUGAAGGGAUUCUGCAGCACCCCUCUCCAAGCAAGAGCCUUGCACUCGCUGCCUGGGACUGACUGUGGUGUUCCCACUGGGUGGCUGAAUCUCAUUGCCUCUUAAACCAGAUUUCAGGAGCACCUUGGAGCAGCUGGUUGGGAACAGAGCCUGGCAAGUCUUUGCUCAGAUUCCAGCCUCCAUGUAAGUCAUUGACCAGGGAAAGGGAACUGAAUUUUCACUUCUCUGCCAUGUUGGAAAAGUGAAGGGGAAGAGAAGAGUGAAAGGACCCUGCUGUGCAGCAGAUCAGAUGUUUGACACUUCAGCUGCAAAGUAGGUGAGGCAUUGCUGCUCCUCCAUGCAAAGUCCACUGCUCUAGGAAGUGGGACCUGCUUUAUAUGUCCUUGAACAGCCAUGGCAAGGAGUGUGUCCGUGGUCUUCUCAUCCCUGGCCAGGCUUGCUGGCAGCUGGAUCUUCUGUCCUGAUUUGCAUUGUGAUAUAUCCAGCCCUGCUCCUGAUGUGCUGUGGCAGGGUGAGGGAGAGGUGCUCGGGGAGGGGGGAAUCUGCUGAGACAACCUGCUUUGUGCUUUUCCUCCUUCCUCCCCUCUGCUUGUGAGGAUGUGCUUGCUUUUAUGACCUGCUCUGUGAGGAUCCGGGGUGCAGCAGCUGGGGAAGCAGCUGCCAAGAGCUGGAAUGCUCUUCUCCAGCUGGGAGCACCCCAGCACUGCCUGCUGCAUGUUCAGAGACCAUCUGCUCUCCCCGUGCAUCCCUCCUGCUGUCCUGUCCCCUCGGAGCAGCCAUGCCACCCCUGAAGGGGCUGGGGUGUGUUGACACUCCAGGCACUGGAGCUGCUGAGGUCUUCUGUCCCUGGCUCCAUCUGCAGCCUCAUGGCAAGGGAAGGGAUGUGUUCAGCUUCUGCCAUUGAGAAACGCUGAACCCAAACCAGCUUUACCUGUGCUGGUGAUGUCCCCAGAAGGAGUGUGUGGCCUCGGGCUUUGCAGGGCUGCAUCCCCACGCCGUGUGUGUCUGUGGGCUGGGCUUCAGGGAUGGCAGUGUCUCUCCACAGGGAAGUUCAGGAACACACGGUGCCUCUUGCUGUGUCUGCUCCUGCCCUGGCUGCCUCUCCUCCACCGCUGGGGCAGGACAGGGUCGUGUUGGUCCUGCCCCUUCUGCAGGGUGUAAGACAUAACUGUGGGACUUUGCAG